GAAACAACGAAGGGAAACCAAGAAAAGAGGUGUUGACGACAGCCAUCGAACUAGGAUCUUCUGAUCUCCGAAAUGCACCACCACGUCUGUUUGACAUCCGAGUAUGGCAGGGUGCCUCGCAACAAACCCGGACAAAGAGCUCUACGCUUCUGCAACCAACUGGAUGUUGUUAAAGCUCUUCUACUCGUUCCACCUGUGCACGUGCAUUCUCCAGUUCAGCAGCAUAGAUGACAUCAUCGACAAUGGCAGCUCCAUGUACAUUUUCGUUCUGCUCAUCAUGAUCUUCUCCGGCCUUUCCGUCCUAACUUCCGUAUUGAUGCUCAUCGGAUUAUGUAUGGAAAACCGCUUCUUUCUCUUACCCUGGGUGAUGUGCGUGGCUUUGACAACACUGCUGGACAUCCUGUUAUCUUUCAGUAUCCUUGCAGAUGCGCUGAGUGACCUGGUUACAAUAAUCUUCUUCAUUGUGGACUACGUCGUCUGUGCUCUAAAUAUCUACUGUGUGUUGUGCGUGAUAUCCCAAUAUCAAGAACUCUUGGCCGGAAGAGGUCGCUCCCACACCGUUGCAGCUGCACAGUACCGCCAGGGAGGCAAAGGAGUUCUUUCUCAAGGCAGCGGGUUGACAUCCUCCGUUCAGCUGACGGUUCCUUCAGCAGCAUUGACAAGCUCCCGCGGCUCAACGGAUAUGAGCUCCAUUUCUGACGAUCCAUUAUCCUGUCGCCGAUUUAGCAGGGACGAAGCCAAGCCUGAAUGUCCAAUAGCAUCACUAAUCAAGAUCGAGGCACCGUCCUGAGCCGUUGGAUGCAGACUCCCAUCCUUCACAUUCAUCGCAGGGCAUUCCAUUCCUACUAGUGGUACUACAGACGCAGUGAGGUGGAUCGGGACGUCAGUUUCAGUACCACAGCCACUCGUAGUGCCUUCCUACGUGAUGCCCAAUUCGUCCAGCUUCAGUUAGCCCUACACAAUACCUUGACGACGAUGCUGUGUGCAGCGAUUUAUUCUUAAAAUUGUUGAGCGAGCAUUGUGAGGACAUCCUUACAUGCGCCGUUGAUGAGCCACUGGGCUCUGUGGCAAACUUUCGUUGCUUUGCCCCGUCUAUACGAUGUUCUACCUUAGCCACCGAAGGGAAACGAUGUUUACAUCGCUAGACAGGAAUUUUUCGUCGAGCACUUGGACUAGCAUUCAUUGACUGUACAGUGUUGCACUCUAGCAAAAUCUUGAUUACAUCAUACACAGGCUGCUUCGACAAAGGCGGUGCGCUGGAUGAACGACAGAAGCUCUGACAAGAAAACAGGCCUGAGAGUUCUAGAAACGCUCAUAUCCCAGAGGCGACGUCAUAUGUUGGUGCAAUUCAAAGAACUAAUCGUGCUUGCCAAAGAAAAACUGACAGGGCUGCGGUUGGAGGAUCCGGAAAUCUUGCAGGGUAAACCCUAGCAACCCGGUUGGUCCUGGACACUUCUUCUGAGUGCCACCCCGCCCUCGUGCUUUAUUGACAUCUCACGGACGUCACAACGAGGCCGCAGUAUGGCUGUCGCUGUGUACUCUCAGCUCCACACAUCGUGCGGAUAUCAAUUGCAUGAAGUUAGACUUAGUUAGGGGUGCUAAACAGAAAGUAACCGAAAGCACUGGUCACUUGAGUCUAUGUCAGGCUGAGCUGCCGACAGUUCAGCUUCUGAGCUUGUGAAAUAUUCAACCUAUCCAAUACGACCGAAUGUACCGCAUUAAAAUCAUACUAUUCUUCUCACCUCC